AUCCCAUCUCCCCAGUGCUGUGCGCUGUGUACUCACUGUACUGUGUACUGCACUCUGCACUCCACUCCCCAUCAUCUCUUCUCUUCCCUACACCCCGCUCUGUGCCGCCUCACUCCCCUCUGAAUGCUGAUCGCUCACUGCGUCUGACGUCUGUCUGUCACAUCCAACCUGCACCACCGACACACACACAGGAGACACGGAGGAAUGCUCAGCCUGAUACUGCAGCACAAGCAACCUUCUCUCCGUCCAUGAGAAGAUGGGACUACCCUACACUUCUCCUCACCGACCGACACAGGUAUUUCUUCCAUUAUACAACUGAAAUUGGAAACACCAAUGCAAACAAUUAAGAUGCCAGAAGUUGCAAAAUUGUGUACCGUGCCACAGGAUAAACCAAAAGUACAUCUGAGAGUAGUGUUCAGUCAAUCUGUCCAAUGAAAAAACAAAAUACAUACUACUCUUUCAGCGUAUCUGUGAAAACUUGAACCAUCAAAUAAGAGAUAAAACAUAAAUUACUGCAACUGUUUUCUUGGCAGUGAUUCAAUUAUUUUUUCUUGAAAAAGAAUACAAUCAUGACAUCUCAGUAAUUAGAUGAGAAAGGAAACAUGCGUACCAGUAAUGAAGACCCUGUUGAUGCUUCUUAUAAAAAAAAAACAAUUAGAAAUGCAGACUUGCUAUAUCAACUUUCUUUAACUAAUUUAGCAAUGUGUUCCAAAGUCACGUAUACAUUGGAUUUCCUAAACAGCAGUUGAAAAAUGAAUCAAAUGUAUUAUUGAUUUGCAGCCUAAUGGAUCAUGGCUCCAAAUGUAGUAGGACGCUCUCUUUUGACAAUUACUUUUGUUUUUCUGUCAUUGUUCCAUGUAUGUUGUAGCAAUUAUUCUGAUAAUUGGAUGACACCCAACAUUGAUGUCACUCACCAUAAGAAACUGUUUCAUGUCUCUGCUACCAUCAAGCAGACAAACAACCCUUCUCAUCCACGGCUGUAUUUUGAUAGCGCAGAUGUUCAAGGAUUAAAACAAAAGUCCCAUACCACUCAUUUACAUUUAUUUAGGGCAAUCAAAAAUGCUGUUAGCAAGAUGUUGGCUAAUCCAUCUAUGUACCUGCCUCCUCAGAAGCAUUCUGAUUUUGCAGCCAAGUGGAAUGAAAUUUAUGGGAAUAAUCUUCCACCCUUGGCACUGUACUGCCUUCUUUCCCCGGAUGAUAAAGCUUCAUUUACAUUUGUACUAGAAUAUAUGGACAGAAUGGCAGACUACAAAGAUUGGCUUGUUAAAAAUUCCCCUGGGGACGAAGUCCCAGUUGCACACUCAUUAUCUGGUUUUGCCACUGCGUUUGACUUUUUAUAUCACUCACUUGACCGAGACAGAAGAAAAAAGUAUUUGAAAAAAAUUGAAACUGUGAGUAGUGAAAUGUAUAAAUAUUCCAAAGUACGUUCUUGGGGUAAACAAUUCCUACACAACCACCAAACCACUAACAUGAUUGCGUUGCUCACUGGUGCACUUGUUGUGGAAGACUAUAAAUCAAGCCAGGCAAGCAUCUGGAAGGAAAUUGCUAUUGAUGUGAUGGAAAAGACAAUGUUUUUGCUAAAUCAUGUGGUAGAUGGUUCUCUUGAUGAAGGAGUUGCGUAUGGGAGCUACACAGCAAAAUCCAUUACACAGUAUGUUUUCUUAGCACAGAGACAUUUUGGCAUUAAUCAUUUAGAGAACAAUUGGCUGAAAAUGCACUUUUGGUUUUAUUAUUUUACUUUGUUGCCUGGUUACCAGAGAACGGUUGGAAUAGCAGAUUCUAAUUACAACUGGUUCUAUGGCCCAGAAAGCCAGCUCAUAUUCCUGGAUACGUUUAUUCUAAAAAAUGGGGCUGGAAAUUGGUUAGCAGGUCAAAUUAGAAAGCACAGACCUAAAGAUGGACCAAUGGUGCCAUCUGUUGCACAGAGAUGGAGCACGCUUCAUACAGAAUACUUGUGGUAUAAUCCUGAACUACCUUCACGUCCACCAGCAGAUCAUGGUACACCAAAAAUGCAUUUGUUUUCCAACUGGGGUGUUGUAACAUAUGGGGCUGGCUUGCCUAUUUCCCAAACUAACACUUUUUUUUCAUUCAAGUCUGGAAAGCUUGGUGGUCGAGCUGUCUAUGACAUUGUCCAUUUUCAACCAUACUCCUGGGUAGAUGGCUGGAGAAGUUUCAAUCCUGGCCAUGAACAUCCCGAUCAGAAUUCUUUUACAUUUGCUCCCAAUGGACAAGUAUUUGUUUCAGAGGCCCUUUACGGUCCAAAAUAUAGUCAUUUAAAUAAUAUUUUAGUUUUUGCUCCGUCUCCUACAAGCCAGUGCAAUAACCCAUGGGAAGGACAACUUGGUGAAUGUUCACAAUGGCUGAAAUGGACAACAAAUGCAUCUGGAGAUGCAUCAGGUGAGAUUAUAACAGCAAGUCAACAAGGGGGUUCUAUUUUUGUAAGCGGUGAAGCAGUGGCUUCCUACUCGUCUUCCAUGAGAUUAAAAAGUGUGUAUCGUUGUCUGUUACUUUUAAACCAUCAGACUUUGCUUGUGCUUGACCAUAUUGAAAAGCAUGAAGACUCUCCAAUCUCUUUAGUUAGUGCCUUUUUCCAUAAUUUAGACAUAGAUUUUAAAUAUGUUCCCUAUAAACAUUUGAACAAAUUAAAUGGUGCUAUGAUGGACAUUUGGGACGCACAUUACAAAAUGUUUUGGAUAGAUCAAAAUGGUAAUAGUCCUGUUGCUAAAAUACAAGAAGCUGAACAGACAGCAGAGUUCAAAAAGCGCUGGACUCAGUUUGUUAAUGUUACUUUUCCAAUUAACCAAAAAAUUUCCAGGAUUGCAUAUUUAUUUCAUGGACCAUAUGUCAAUGUUUCAAAUUUAAGAUUCCUAGACAGUAGCAAAUAUGGAGUUAAACUCUCUGUAAAAAUAAAUAAUACAGAAAAUGUGGUGUCCAUGGUAACAGAUUAUAACAAUCUCCAGGUCAGAUUUAAUUUUCUUGGCUUUGGGGGGUAUGCAAAAUUAGAAGACCAAAAUAAAAUAGUAGAGUUUGGCUUAGGAACUGAGCAUGUAAAGAAAAAUAAACUAAUUAAUGUGAAUGUGUUUCACUUUGGACUUAAGAUCAAUCUGAUAAUCGGUUUAAUGUUAUGUGUGGGCUUGGGGAUUUUAGCAUUUCACUGGAGAUUCUAUAUUCCAUUUGGUAAAUUGAUGCGUUGGAUAUUGGUUCUAAUCAUAACACUGUGGUUUUUUGAAUUAGUAGAUGUGUGGACAACAUGUACCCAGCCUAUUUGUCCAAAGUGGAACAGUGAGGUUGCAGAUACAGACAACAUUAAGAUAUCUGAAACCCAUUCUUCUAGUUUGCCUACUGUAGUGAUUACAUCUCUGCCAGGUUCAGGAGCGGAAAUUUUAAAAGUACUUUUUCUUAACAGUUCAGAUUUUGUUUACAUCAAGGUCCCUACAGCUUACAUUGACAUUCCUGAAGCACAGUACAAAAUUGAUCCAUUUCUUGAUGCAUGUGAAUGGACUGGCUCUGAUGUACAGGAUGGACAUUUUCAACUAAUUCAAGGCUGGCUUCAGUCUUUACUUCAAAACACACAGCUCCAUUUACAGAACAUUGAUUUACAGGAGGUCAAUAAGCUCAAACUUUUUCAUCAUCCCUCAUCUAGCAAAGAUAAAAGAAGAAGAUCUAAAAGGAAAGACACUCUUUUUGAGCAAAAAAAUAGACUAAAAGGAAUUUAUGAGAGAGAUGCAGACUAUAUUAGACAAUUGCGCAAUCAUCUAUCAUUAUUCCCUAAGGCUCAGCCUGUCCUUGGCCUAAGUAGUGGAAGUUGGACUUUAAAGCUUCCAUUUAUUCAUAAGGUUGUUGGGCCUCAGCUAAGGGCAUUACUUAUUGUUCGUGACCCACGAGCAUGGGUUUAUUCCAUGUUUUAUAAAAGUAAUCCCAGUCUUUAUUUAUUAAAAAAUGUUCCUCAACGUUUAUCAUCAAUGUUCCAGGAGAAAGAAAAGCAGAAAUGUAGCUCAAUUUCCGGCUAUGCAUAUGAGUAUGAAUCCUUACAAGAAGAAUUAUCUAACUCUAAGUCACAUGACAUUGCAAAGCUUUCUCAUCUGUGGUUAGCAAAUACAGCAGCAGCGAUUAGGAUAAACAGUGACUUACCCUCAAAAAAUUAUCUUUUGAUCAAAUUUGAAGAUAUUGUUAACUUACCACAACAGACUACUGAAAGAAUAUACUCCUUUUUUGGCAUUCCUCUUUCACCUGCAAGUUUAAACCAAAUAAUUUUUGCCAGUUCCACCAACUUAUUCUACCUACCCCACGAAGGAGAUAUUUCACCUGCCAGUAUAAAUAUGUGGCAACGUAACAUGCUGAGGGAAGACAUCAAAUUGAUUGAGGACAUUUGUUGGACACAAAUGGAUAAGCUUGGGUAUAAAAGAUUUAAGGGUUGAAAGGUUUAUUUCAAAACCACUGUAAUACAGGUUAAGCCAAAAAUCAUCAUUAUGGACGAGGAUUUGUGGCCUCUAUAUGCUGCGGGGCAGCAGUCAUUUGCACUAGUACAAUAUGCUUUAUAAUUUAAAACCAGAAUAAAAUGUUGUUUAUUCUUGUAUAUUGUAUUUUAGAUUUUUUUAAUAGAUUAUUUUAUGCACAGUAAUUUUUAGAAGCUGUAAAUUUAAAUGUUAUAUAACUGACAUAUUCUUAUAGUUAGAAUUUAACACACUUUAAAUUGUAUAAAGAGAUAUUUAUGUUUC